UUCAACCAGGAGCAGAACGAGCAUUACCACACUCUCAUCCCCAAUAUAUUCCAGGUAAUACAGUACUACACUCUCAUCCCCAAUAUAUUCUAGGUAAUACAGUACUACACUCUCAUCCCCAAUAUAUUCUAGGUAAUACAGUACUACACUCUCAUCCCCAAUAUAUUCUAGGUAAUACAGUACUACACUCUCAUCCCCAAUAUAUUCUAGGUAAUACAGUACUACACUCUCAUCCCCAAUAUAUUCUAGGUAAUACAGUACUACACUCUCAUCCCCAAUAUAUUCUAGGUAAUACAUUACUACACUCUCAUCCCCAAUAUAUUCUAGGUAAUACAUUACUACACUCUCAUCCCCAAUAUAUUCCAGGUAAUACAUUACUACACUCUCAUCCCCAAUAUGUCACACGCAUACACGCACGCACACACACGCACACACACACACAGCUCUGUGUGGAAGAAGAAAGUGUUCCAAUUCUCGUAUGACUCCCUGAGAGCCAAUGAAAAAUGUGCAACACCUCUAAAAUAUCAAAUGGAAACCACAGUCCUUUUCACUGGAUAGAGAACAAUAGAGAGACAGAGAGAACAUUUUCAGACCUUUCGAAAGUUCUUGAAACCACUGCGCUCAGAACUUUUGGUGGUGCGUUGACCAAAUGCCUAUCAUGUCUUUACAUAUAAGUCUGUUUAGUCCUACCCCCUCAGCAUUGUAGUGUGGGACAACUUCAGGGCUACUAUGUUAUAGCAGGUGAUAGUAAUAACAUUGUAACAACAUGCUGAAAAUGAUGUGUUUGUGUGGGUGUGUAGAAACUCCAGGAGAUGGAGGAAAGGCGGAUCGAGAGGUUGGGUAUGUCCAUGAAGACGUACGCGGAGGUGGACCGCGAGGUGCUGCCUAUCGUAGGGAAAUGUCUUGACGGAAUGACUAAGGCUGCCGAGUCCAUUGAGCCAAAGACUGUGAGUACACACACACACACACACACACACACACAUACACACACACACACACACACACAUGAUUGUGAGUACAGUACUGUACCAGGUUAGAACCAUGUGGGUACUAUGUGUUGUUGAUGGUAUUCCUCCCUCACCAGAGUCCAGGCUCUCUGUAUGACUCAAUUCAAAAAUACUGGAGCUAUGUGCCCCACGCAUCUGCCUCAAAUGCUCAUCUGCUCAGUCGUAAUAGAACCUGGGAUUACAACUGGUAUGACUCCUUUCCCUGAAGCCCUCUCACUCACUCACUCACUCACUCACUCACUCACUCACUCACUCACUCACUCACUCACUCACUCACUCACUCACUCACUCACUCACUCACUCACUCAGCCACCUGACUCAACCAAUCACCACUGGGCUAAUUUAGACCCCGUCCCCAGACACUCCUACAGUUAAUGGUUUCUGAGAGCGAGCUGGGAAAACAGCAGGGUAGCAGGAGCAAUAAUGAGAGAAAGAGUGAAGUGAGAGUAAGAGAGAGAGAGAGAGAGAGAGAAGAGAGAUAUGCCUACACAGAGAGAGAGAGAGGCAGUGUGGGAGACAGAGAGAGAUGAGGGGGAGAUGUGAAGGAGAGUGAGAAGUGAAGGAGAGAGAGGUACGGAGAUGGAGAAAGAAAGUGGAAGAGAGAGAGCGAGAAGGUUCGCUGUGAGAGCGAAAAUUCACAAUUACACUCACAAUUAAAAAACUGUCUUUGCCAACCUCCUAUCUUCGCCAAGGGGCUCUCUCUCUCUGUCUGAUGGAGAAUGUUGCUAAAUUAAGUAUCACACUACAUCAUGGCAGGAGGGAGCAGCUAUUCUGGCUCUGGCCACUUUACUGUCUGCACACUCAAAGUUAACUAGCAGUUCCCUACAAAACUGGGAGAAGAUGAACUGAAGCACUUAACCAGAAAACAAACACCCAUGUUGUUAUUUUAUCUUGAUGCAUGAGUCAUUCAUAUUGGCCAAAACAAUUCUAUUUUUCAAGCAUUCAAUCCAGUAUGCUAAGAUGGCGGACCAUAUCUUAUUGCUAGCAAUAGGAAAUCAUCAGCUUUUCCCUGGGGUGUUUGUGUGUGGGUUAGAGAAGGAGGGGUGAUGACUAAGCUAAGGCCUGUGCUGUUGCCUGUUCCAGUAAACAAAGUAAGAAUAACAGAGUCACAUGGAAUGUCUCCCUUCCAUAUCCUCUCUACCCAGAACCGUAUAUACCUCCGGGCAGCAGCCAGGCUGAUGACCUCUAACCUUUGACCUUAUCAGUAUAGAUAGAAUAGAGAUCAAGACCUCACAGCCUGCUGAUUAAUGAGCUGCUUCCUGACUGUCAGUCCCUGACCUCUGGUGUUUUCACCGAAGCUCCUGUGUGACAGAUCCAGGUCAUUCCCCUCUUCCUCAGUUCAGGCUGUGGAACCUCCCUGACCUCCAAUCACUCUCUGCCUCCACCUUGAUUGAGCUGAAGUAGUGAACUGAUAACAACAACUGGAAAUAGUACAAUAACAAAUCAAGUCAUCCUGGUCUAGAACACUGUUAUUUUUGUCCCAUGCUAUUUCUGGACUUGGUUGAGGAAAACACAAUCUGGUUUUAGGAAUAGAAAUAAAGUGAAUAGUAUUGUUUCUUUAGAUCAGUGUUUCUAUCCUGUCUAUAUAUUUUUCUCUAUCCAGUCAUAUCCAAAUAUUUGUUUCGCCAUAAGACCUAGCAGAUCUGAAUUUCCCCUACUAUCUCUCUCCACCCAACCCCACCCCACCAGGACUCGAAGCAGGUGGUGGAGUCGUAUAAGUCUGGGUUUGAGCCCCCGGGGGAAGUCGAAUUUGAAGACUAUGGGCCAGGCCAGUCCAUGAAGAGGACUGUCUCUGAAACCAGCCUGUCGAACUCACGAGGAGAGGCAAAGGAACGACCCAGCGGGGGCAAGAGCAAGGGCAAACUGUGGCCUUUCAUUAAGAACAAGAACAAG